CGGCGCGCGCGCGGCCUGCGCGGCCCUGCGCGCGCACCGAUGCAGCUCGGGCAGCGCGUGUGGCGCGCCACGCCGCGCGCCCUCGCGGAGCUGGGCCUGUGCCGCGCCCUGGAGCGGCGGCCGUGGCGCCUGGAGCGCGAGGCCUGCGACGCGCUGCAGGCGAGGCUGGCGCUGGGCGCCGACGCCCUCCUCGUGGCCCUGGCGCGCUGGCUGGCGCAGACCGCGCCCGCGCCGGUGGCCGUGGGCCGCGCCAGCGGCAGCGGCUGCGUGUACCUGGGUCCCGCGCUGGACCUGCAGGCCCUGCGGCUCACCCCGGUGCAGGUGCUGGUCGCGAACCUCUUCGCCAACGGCGAGCCCGGGCUGGAAGCCCUGUCCGCGGCCCAGCCUCCCUGCGUGGCGUCCGCGGAGCUGCUGCGGGAGGUGUGCACAAUCGAGCACGCGAGGUGGCUAGACCCCCGGCCAGCGGCCGAGGCCACGACGCUGGAGGAGAUGAUGGGCAAUACCGUCGCUGUACGACCUCAUCGGCCACGGACACGGCUGAACCGGCGGCGGGGAGCCGGCCGGGGACUGCCUGCGGCACGCCGGCUACGGCCUGGGGGGCCUUGGUGACGCGGCGACCGACCAGGCCGUGGCGAUCGCUGCCGCGGAC